CUUACUUUUUUGACUGUGCUAUGGAGUAGAAGCAGAAGCUUUAGUGACAGUCAGUGCUGCACCUACCCCUCCUUCUCCCCACACCUGCAAGCUUUUGCUUGGGCUGAAUUUAGUGUAAUUACAUCUCAGCUUUGCUCCUGAGGCAAAUCCCCGGAUUGAAAGGUUCCUUGGUUUCGAAAACAUAUGAGAUAGAAGAUGAAGGCCGCCAUCAUUUUUCUUCUGCUUGUCCAAGUUUCCUGGGCUGGCCCUUUUCAACAGAAAGGCUUAUUUGACUUUAUGCUUGAAGAUGAGGCUUCUGGGGAAGGUUCAGAAGAGGUCCCCAAGAAGCCUGACUUUCCUGGUCUAGAUCCCUUAGGACCAAUGUGUCCCUUCCGAUGUCAGUGCCAUCUCCGAGUUGUCCAGUGUUCUGAUUUGGAUUUGAAGGAAGUGCCAAAAGACCUACCCCCUGACACUAUGCUGCUAGAUCUGCAAAACAACAAGAUAACUGAAAUCAAAGAUGGGGACUUUAAGAACCUGAAGAACCUUCAUGCACUGAUUCUUAUCAACAAUAAAAUCAGCAAAAUCAGUCCUGGAGCUUUUGCACCUUUGGUGAAACUGGAACGACUUUAUCUAUCCAAGAAUCAGCUUAAGGAUUUGCCAGAAAAAAUGCCCAAAACUCUGCAGGAACUUCGUGUCCACGAGAAUGAGAUCACCAAAUUGCGAAAAGCUGUGUUCAAUGGACUAAAUCAAAUGAUUGUCAUAGAACUGGGUACCAACCCUCUGAAAAGCACUGGGAUUGAAAAUGGGGCAUUCCAGGGAAUGAAGAAGCUCUCUUACAUCCGAAUCGCUGACACCAAUAUCACCAGCAUUCCUCAAGAUCUUCCUCCUUCUCUUACUGAAUUACAUCUUGAUGGCAACAAAAUCACAAAAAUUGAUGGAUCAAGCUUGAAGGGAUUGAAUAAUUUGGCUAAGUUGGGACUAAGUUUCAACAGCAUAUCUACUGUUGAGAAUGGUUCUUUGGCCAACACUCCCCAUUUGCGUGAACUUCACUUGGACAACAACAAGCUUAUCAAAGUGCCAGCUGGGUUGGCAGAACAUAAGUACAUACAGGUUGUCUACCUUCAUAACAAUAAUAUCUCUGCAAUUGGAACUAAUGACUUCUGUCCACCUGGCUACAACACCAAAAAGGCUUCUUAUUCUGGUGUGAGCCUUUUCAGCAACCCAGUCCAAUACUGGGAGAUCCAACCAUCCACCUUCCGGUGUGUCUAUGUGCGCUCUGCCAUUCAGAUUGGAAACUACAAGUAAUUUACAUAAGGGGGAUUUUUUUCAUAUGUUGAAGUAAAAUCUCAUACAUGACAUUUCUCAGAAGAAAGAAAAGAAAA